UUCCUCUCUCCCGUGGAUUCUCUCUCUCUCUCCUCCACCUCCUCUGCAAACCCAACAUCAAGAACUCCUCAGUGAACUCCCCACCCACACCAGCACCAACAAGAACUAGACUCAGCCCAUCAAUGGCUUCUGCAACCACUAGACCCACCUUCUCCUUCCACCUCCCCUCCACCAACCCCAAAGUCACCCACCACCCCCACCACCACUCCCUCACCGCCACCCCCACCAGGACCCCCAAGAAGCUCCACCUCACGGCUAGGCCAAACCCGAACCCGAACCCGCCAUUCCCGCUCCGCUCCAUCGACGUCUCCAAAGAAGACAAGCCCACCUCCAGCCAGGAGCUGCCCGCCCCGGCCGCCGCCCCGCCCCCGCCGCCCGCUCCCCAGGUUCUGGAAAGCUCGCCCCCCGAUGACCAGACGUUCGACAAGCGGCGCCUGGAGGAGAAGUUCGCGGUGCUGAACACGGGGAUCUACGAGUGCAGGUCGUGCGGGUACAAGUACGACGAGUCGGUGGGGGACCCGUCGUACCCGAUCCCGCCGGGCCUGCCGUUCGCGCAGAUGCCGGAGGACUGGAGGUGCCCCACGUGCGGGGCGGCCAAGAGCUUCUUCGUGAGCAAGAGCGUCGAGAUCGCGGGGUUCGCGGAGAACCAGCAGUACGGGCUCGGCGGCAACUCCCUCACCUCCGGCCAGAAGGCGGUGCUGAUCUACGGCAGCUUGUUCCUCUUCUUCGUCCUCUUCUUGUCCGGCUACUUCUUGCAAUGAGUCCGAAAAGUGAAUUCGGGGGUUUGCUGGUUUUUGUAGUGACUUCGCUCUUCUUCUUCUCCUCGUUUUGGGGGUUAAGAGAGACCAUUGUAUG